AUGCCGUUCCCCACUGCUCCCCGCCGGGCCCCUGCCUUCCCCGAGUACAAGAGCCCCUACGGCCCGAAGUACUUUUACCAAUCCCACUUCGCCGGCAUCACAACGAAGACCUUCCUUAAGACCGGCGUCAAGGCGGGCAUGUUCGGCGGUGUUGCCCUCGUGGCCGUUAUCUUUCUAGGCUCUGGCAUUCCCCGGAUCCAGCAGGACAUCCUUCAGAAGAUCCCGGUCCUCGGCCCGCGCUUUCCGGUUCGCGAGAUUCACCCCGCAGACAACCCGUUCUAA